AUGGCUGCUGCGUUCUCCAGAUUCCAGUUAGCAGCGGCUCUGAUUGAGUACGAUAACGAUGAUUCGGACCCAUCCAAGCCGCGUCGUUCUGCACAGGAGAGUGCCAUCUUUGCUCACCUACGGCGAGAUGCGGGGCCUCGUCGCGAGACUGCUUCACGACGGAGCACCGAUUAUCUUGGUGUCGCGCUUCCGAGCGAAGUGGGCAGCAUCAGGGGUCCGGAGUCCGUAUACGGAGGAAGGGAGUCAGUAAUGGACGGACAUCGGCCACGGACCUCGAUCGAUGCGCUGCACAAUCCUUUCAGGCGCGACUCUACGUACGAAGGUGCGCUUGACGAAGACGAGGACGAGGAGGCUGCAGAGUUGGAAGUUGAUCUGUCGUCGUGGGGCUUGGACGGCUACAUUCCCGAGGACAAGGUAAAAGGGAAGCACAAAGCUAAGUCUGAUAUACUACCCAAUCCGCACGACCUCCCCCUCCGCCGCCGUUCAGGCAUGCAUGGCUCGCGUUCUAUGAGCAUGGGUAACUUCGACGAUUUCGGUGAGGGAGGCGCGUUCCUUGACGAGAAGUCCACACCAAACAGCUUGAACGCCCGUCGACAUUCAUUUGGCUCCCCUCUUGACGCCCCUAUGGCGAAGCAACCGACGCAAAGGCCGCCGCAUCGCGGACGUACAGUGUCAUCUCAUGCACUCAUCGAGAACCUCCCUAUAACUCCACCACUACAUGCCAUACCCUUCCCAAGCACCGAGACAGUUCGCUCACCUUCGCCCGCAUCCACCGAUGCCCUCAAUCUUGUGCGGCCUCAAUCUCGGGGAUCUGAGUCUGUGCUGAACCGUAGCCGCGCGCUUUCCACCACUAGCUUUGGUUCACCAGCGCUGCUCAACGAGGAGAAACCGAAUCCUUUCGCCGUCCGACCGCCGUCUCCUGACCGCGCGUCUCGAUUCGAUCCUAAAGCACGAGCUCGCACAACGUCAUACGGUUCGUUGGGCACUAUGCUCACACCAGAGUUACAGCCGGAAGAUGCCAAUCCUUUCGCUGUCCGUCCACCUUCACCCAGCCGUUCUUCCCGCUUCGACCCCAAGGCUCGCGCGAGAACAGUGUCCGCACUUCUGGAUAUGGAUGCGCAUUCCAGCGACGAUAACAGGAGUCAGGCUGCCGGGCGCACGCGCCCCUACUCUCGACUGGAACUCAUGCGGCCGAAGGUGCUGAUCAUGCCGAGUCCACUGCAAUCUGCUAUGGCAUCGGGGCCCUUGAAUAGCGCGUUGCAGGCGCGCGCAAUUGAAGGCGCGGAGCUACACGCUAGCGACGCCGCCCCGCUCCCGCCCGGCGCCCGUACUGCCCGUCGGUCCUCUACGACGCUAUCCAUGCUCGACUCGGGCAGGGCGUCAUCCCCCGGACUGGUUGCGUCCAACUCGUUCACACCGAACCCGAGGGCAAGUCUCACGCUCUCUCAGCUGACGUUCCGCAACAACCUUCCCGUCGACGCCGGCCCCACCACGCCUGCACCGGAAAUCGUGAUCGAUCCCGCCGAUCGCUCUAAACGACCAGCUGGCAAGUUGUAUGGUCGGAGCCUCAUUGAUGCAUUGAGACCGCAAACUGAGAUGAAGGGAAAGCAAAGAGUGUUCAGAGGAGACGAGAGGCCGUCUAUGAUGGCACGACCACAAGUCCAACGCUCUAGCACUUUGAUCGAUCCAGAUAGUCUCAAGCCGCGCCCGCAGUCACAACUCCUGGCUGCAUCAAGUUCUCAGCCGAACUUGUCUCGACGCAACACCCUUCUGCAGCUUGACGAUGAGCUUCCGGGCGCACCACGCCGCACGCUUUCUGGCAAUGGUUUCGAAGCGGCGAACAAGAAAUCCGUCUUCGGCGUUGACGCGCUCUGGGGGCGGGAGCUGGCCAAGCUACGGGACAUUGAAGAGCAAGAACCAUCCGUUUCUGACCUUGCGCUCGACCGCAGUCCGGAGCCGGAGACGCAAACUUCACCAGGACUCAAGACUCCAGAGACACCGUAUGUUCUUCCUGAAAUAUCGCGUGCGACCGUCAGGAAGCGCAGAGGACCUCCUCCGCCGACCGACGACGACGACGAGAGUGACUCGGACGAUGCGCCCGCCGUCACAAGCGCUCGAUGUCCAAAGAUGCUGGGAGGGGAUGACGAUAGCAGUGAUGAGGAUGUUCCUCUAGUUGCAACGAUCGGCCGUGCUGCUCAAAGGGCAUCGACACGUGUGGCUUCUGUGGAUGACGACUCAGACGAGGAGAAGCCGCUGUCUGCUCUACUGGACAAGGGCAAACUCAAGCUACCCUCCUUUGGCUCGAGUGGCGGGAAGUUGUUCUCUGAUAGCAGCGACAAGAACGAUGACGACGAAGAGGAUGACACGCCACUAGGGCUUCGCGUUUCAAGGGUCAUGAACUCGUCGCAGACACUCGGUUUUGCCAGCCAGGAUGCGGACGAUGACAAACCGCUUGCUCUCCAUCCGGAGCAACUUCGCAAAACGCAGUACAUGUCUAUGAUGGUACAACAACAGCAACAGCAACAGAUGAUGAUGCAGGCGCAGGCUGCGCAGUUCCACCAAUCCAUGAUUUUCAGUGCCCCGUCCAUGAUGGCAUCCGGAUUCUUUGGUCCUCCGUAG